AACCAUGACAACGUCGUGUUGCCUGGAACACAGUGAGCUGACUGCUGUAGACAUGGGCCAGGACUGAUUCUUUGCUUUUAGGGUGAUACAGUGAAAAACAUCAUCAUCUGCCAGCUAAGGGAAGCUGUCACGGAUGUCUGACCAUAAGGAAAGUGAUUAUUUAAAAACUCCAGGGGAAGGGCCUAUAAAGGUGGCCUACAUUUUCCCAAAUGGAGACAGAUAUGAGGGAGAGUGCAGCAGGUCUGCAUCAGGGGUGAUGAAGAGGAGCGGUGCUGGUAAACACACGUCGGCAUGUGGCAUCAUAUACAUUGGAGAGUGGCUUGAAGACAAAAUGCAUGGCAGAGGGACCUUGCAGCAUCCCUCUGGAGCACUCUAUGAAGGAGAACUCAAAGACAACAUGUACCACGGCACGGGAACUUAUACCUUCCCAGACGGCUCUACUUACAAAGGUCACUUUCACAACAACAGGUUGGAGGGAGAUGGGGCAUUCACUGACACACAGGGAUUGGUUUGGACGGGGGAGUUCCUCGGCAAAGCAGCGCUGGGCCUGAAAAUGCAGCGGAACACUUAGGCAAAAAGAGCAUAAUUGUACUACACUUUAUAAAACACUGUAUAUGUUCUACAAGAAAUUAAACUAUAUC